GACAAGCGUGAGUGUGCAGCUCCUAUUCAGGCUUUAUUAAGCCACCGCUGUCUGGACGGGGCUGGAAAGCAAGAGCCGCGCGGAGUGGGCAUCUGGUCCUUAGGCGGAGGGAAGCACUGGCCACUCAGCUCGGGGCUGGCUGGACCUCGGCUGCCAUGGCCAAGGUCAUCUUGAGACACCUCAUCGAGACCCCGGUGCGGUACCAGGAGGAGUUUGAAGCUCGGGGUUUGGAGGACUGCAGACUGGCCCACGCUCUGUACGCCCUGCCUGGACCCACCGUGGUGGACCUGAGCAAAGCCAGGGCCGCCCUCCAGCCUCCUGCCCUGGACUCCGCCGGGGCUGCCGUGCCAGCCCCGGACAAGCCUCGCUUCCAGAUCCUGCUGGACGUGGUCCAGUUCCUGCCUGAAGACAUCAUCAUCCAGACCUUCGAGGGCUGGCUGCUGGUCAGGGCUCGACACGGAACCAGGAUGGACGAGCACGGCUUCAUCUCCCGGAGCGUCACCCGACAGUACAAGCUGCCAGACGGCGUGGAAACCAAAGAUCUGUCUGCCAUCCUCUGCCACGAUGGAAUUUUGGUGGUGGAAGUAAAGGAACAGCUGGGCACCAAGUGAAAUCUUGUUUGUUAGACAGUGAGCCAGCGACAGCCCACCUGGAAUGUUUGACUGCCCACCUUAGAGGUGAUUUGCUGUGACUUUUUGAAGAUUAAAAGCAUAUGUACACCGUU